GCAUACACAAUUUAUGCGAUUUCUUAAUAAGUCGCCGAAAACAAAACAUUCCUAUUAAAAAAUUCAAAUUUUCUGUUUUUCGAGAAGGAAUUAAUAAAGGAAUUGAACUAAAACUUUUAUCAAAAGAAGUGCACAGUUUAAUUUCUUAAAAUGAUUGUUACGAAGGAAUCUGAUACAAACUUUUUCUUGCCACUUCCACCCGGCAAAAAUUUUGAUAAUUUGUCUCCAUAUAAAAUUUGUGUAGCAAUAAUUUUACAAGAAUUCUGGAGAAAACACAGAGAUAGAGAAGUGUUAGAUAUGGAAAUUGAUGAAAAAUAUGUAGUUCCUUCAGUAAACUAUCCAGCUGAGUACCGAAGAAAGUUUUAUAUGACACUUUUGAAGCUGAUUCAACUUCCGGAUUUGAGUUACAAAGAUCUUCACAUUUUUCUAACAGCAGGAAAGUUUCCACUUGAAGCUUGGCACAUGGAAGCUUUCCAAGGCGUCAUGAGUAUUGUUAGCGAAGUUGGAAUUGAAAUUUUGUUUAAACUCACAAAAACAAUCGAUGAUCUAAUAACUGAGACCAUUGUGUCAGGAGCCAAUUCACCCUGCGUUCAUCAAGGCAGUGUCAUUGGACUUUAUCUUCGAAGGAUUCUUCUUCAUCUUGAGAAGAUGCCGUUCCAAGAUUUAAUGAAUCUUUAUCAAAAUAUCAUAACUUACUACGAAAAAGGUAUUCGUGCUUUGGAAAUAUCUCCAGCAACUUCAAAUCUUGAUGAUAUUGAAGACACUAUGAUGACAAAACAUAAAUGGUCAUCGAAGCAAGCAGAACUGUUUGUUACGCAGCAAACUUCAUUUCUAGAGAAUGAUGAAACGAAAGCUUUAAAUCCCAAAGAACUUCAAAAGCGAAUCGACGAAAUCGUCCAAAUUUACACUCCAUUAUAUUCAAAAGCUUAUUUCUUGUCAUAUCUUAACAACAUUCGAAUUCGUGAUCUUCCGAAUUGCAUUGAAGCCUUACACAGGUCAUUUGAUCGAAAUGCUGGUAAACAUGGACACAAUCAUCAAGAUCAAAACACUUGCAAGUCAAACUUUCAAUAUUCAGUUCUAAAUCUUGCAGUUCUUCAUACAAUGUUUGAUCAUAACACGGAAGCACUUAAAUGUCUGAAAGAAUGCAUAAUGAUUGCACAAGAAAAUGGUGAUCGAGUUUGCCUUCAACUUGCUCAACUUUGGCUUUGUUUACUCGACAAAUCAAACUUUCAAUUAUCAGAGAAAAACAUUGCAAAUAAGACGGAAAUGAGUUUGGUACGUUCAGUGUCACUCAACAUUCAAUCAUUAGUGAAAGUUGCUGCAAUUUCUGGUUAUUUACCUUCAAAACUUUUCGAUGUUCUCAUUAAAAGUGACAUUCUUAAUUGUCAACAUUCGAUGGUGAAUUUGAUCUCAAAUUGUGUCGCUGAGCGAACUGCGCUUUGGACACUUUAUGGCAAAUAUGAAAUUGCUUCACUAUCAAGUCAACUCUUACUAAAUUCGAACUUAAAAACGAUGGAACGAACUCACAAUGGCGAAGGAACAUGUCAAGCUUUGUGUACUUUGGCAAUGUGGAUGGCAAUGCAAGGCGAUUUCUUAUCAAGUUCUGUGAUUCUAAGUAAAGCUAAAGAGAAAUUUCCACGAUUUCCAAUCUCUCGAAAUUGGAUGUUGGUAAAUCAAUAUGUGACAAGUCAACAAGCAAUUUAUCAUGAGAAAUGGAGCGAUGCUUCCAUAGCAUGUGAUCAUUUAUAUCAUUUAGACCCAAAUCUGAGUUUACUGCAACGUGCAAACAUGAACAUUGCAAGGGGAAAUCGUUCAGAUGCAUUAAGUCUCUUAGAUCGACUUUUAUCACAAGAUGAUGAGAAAUUAGAACCGCUUCUAAGAGUUCGCGGCCUUGUUGCACAAGCUCAAAGCUUAAUCGAUCGUCACAACAUUCCAUCCGAAUCAUUGUUGAUCUUAAAUCGUGCAAGUAGUUUCGCUGAAGAGAAACAUUUAGAUUACGAACAUUCGAUUGUUGAAAUGAACAUCGCUUAUGUUCUUUAUCGCAUGGAGAUGCAUCAACAAGCAUUGAAAAUAUUGAAAUUGAAUAUGGAAAAUAUUCUCGCAAACGGAGGAAUUUACGACAAGGCCAAACUUUUCUUUCUCUUUGUUCAGUCAAUCAUUGCGUCGUCGCCUUCCAAGAACAUGAAACUUGAAAAUGUGAAGAAAACUUCGGAGCAGAUUGAACUUGCAAUUAACUUCUUAACAAAGCUUGAAUGUUGGAAUAAAGUUAAGGACAUUUACAUGUUUCUUGCUAAGCUCUACAAUGAACUGAAUAUGAUUGAAGAAAGAAACUUUUAUGCGUUGAAGUUUCGUCUAACAGCUGAAGAGCGAACGAACAACACAAACGACAACAUCAAUAUUUUUCAUUAA